ACGUGUCGUAACACCAUCGGCAAAGAGCAGUAAAGACGGCUGACAGUUUUUGGUGGUUAUUUGUAAAUUUUAUGUGUAUAAAUGUGUAUAUAGCCCUGCUGCCGAGGAUUGGUCCACCGGGUCCCAGCCGUGCAAAUGGAGGCCAUGGAGGAGGACAGCUUGGACAUUAAAGACGACCACAAUCACAAUUACUGCGGUGGUAAAGUCCGCAGGAGUGUGAGCAGGAUACCGGGGGAACCAGCCGCCCUGCAGCCGCAGCAGCCCGGCUCCCCGCCGGCUCCAGCCGGCCCCGAGGGGCUGCAGCCGGACACCAGCGACACCAGCGACACCGGCGACCCCGACUCUGCAGCCGCUGCUGCGGGGAAAUUCAGCCUCGACUCCACCUCCAAGUUCCUCCUGAAUGCCAUGGCCGUGGAGGACUACCGGAAAAACCACUGGCCGAACCUGGAGAAGGCGAUUGACCGUCUGCUGAUGCACAACUCUGCAGACCACAGCUGCGUGUCCUACGCGCAAAUAUACGGUUAUAUCUACAAGUGUGUUUGCCAGCAGCACUCUGAGCUGCUCUACAGUGACCUGACGUCAAAAAUAACAGGUCACCUGCAGCAGGUUUCCACACAGCUACAGGCCAGCCCACCGGAGGAGCUAAUCGAGAACUUCAAUGUGGCUUUGACACAAUACACAACUUCUCUUCAGAGUAUAGUCCCGGUGUUUAUUUACUUGAACAAGUUCUACAUUGAGUCAAAACUGAACAGAGACCUAAAAGAGGAUCUGAUGAAGCUGUUCGCUGACCAUGUCGGAGAGAAACAUUUGAACACACUGAUGCCUCUUCUCAUCAAAGCUCAUUCGAAGCCUUUUCAAGUGCAGCCGUCAACAAUGGCCAGUGUGGUUAACGGUCUCUACAGCCUGAGAUCAGAGUGGGCCAAGCUUGCCCCGUCUCUCUUUUCCGGGUUCAUACCGCAGAUCAACCCUCCCGCCGUGGAGUCCCAGCUCUCUGAUUACGCCGCUCUCGACCAGAAACUGCAGAUGGAGCUCUUCAUGAACGGUUUCCCACGAGGUGACCAGUCCCGUAAACGUGCCAGUGAGGACUCGUGAAAGAAAGUGGAGCCAGUUUUGCCGGAUCUGCCGCAGAACUGCCGUUGUGCCUCCCACAUCUUUAUCACAAGCUGUCUCACUGCGUUAGGUACACAAAACAACAAUGCAUCAGUUUCAUCUCUCCACUCAAGGCCACGCAACACUGUGGACGAUAAAGUGAAUGUGAUGCUGAACUACUGAGCAGCAGCUACAUCCUGCUGACGGAGGGGGGGGGGCACAGACAUGGACCUUUGCUGUUCUGCUCAUUCAAAACGAGCCUUAAUGCAUCCGUUUGACUUCGUGGAUCUCAUUCCUUAACCUUUAACCUGGAAGUGUCUUGUGUUGUUUUGAGAGGUGGACUUAAACCAAACCUCUUAUUGCUGCUAACAAUACUGUCCAUGUGUUACUCACACACAUAGUUUGAUUUGCUGCCUGUAAUCAGUGAGGACGAGUGGAGAGAAGCAGGACCCGGUGAUUCCUCCUCUUCACGUUGCCUUCACCGUGUUAGUAAAACCGGACGAUGUUUCCCAGCUAUGCCAAAGAGGACUGCAGUACAUGUCUGUUUAUUUUCUGUUUUAUUUUCUGUUUAAUUUCGAUUCAAGCUGAACUUGUGAAUGAUGUGAAAGUCACUGAGCCAUUUUUGUUGUUGUUCCUUGUUCCAAACGGUGCUUGAGUUUGGUUUAAACUACACCCAAACCACCCACUACCUUAAAUAUCAAGUGUUAUUAUUAUUUUUUUUCCUCAUUUUUUACUCUGCUACUUUGGUUAAACAAUAGAAAUAUAUAAAACUCUUCUUGGUUUUCUCAAAAAAACAAAUGUGCAAAUAUUUUGUUUCUGGUGCACGACUGCAUUAAAUGUUCCUGACGUGUAUAGCCUGUUUAUAAUGUAAAUAAUCCCUGUGUAGUGAUUUACGCACAUAGGUUUGUUCACUAUUUUUGCUAACGAUCCACUUGAAUACAUGUAUUUGAUAUACAGUAAUGUCUUACACUGUUUUAAGUGUAAUUAGAGUCUCAGGCGUGCUUCUUGUUUGCAUCUCUGAAUGAACUCAAGGCACCUGAAACGCUGAGAUAAUUCAGGUUUGUUGUUCAGCAUUCUGGAAACCUGGUCUGGAGAAGUGUUGAUCUUUAGGAUAAGUAGGCAUUAUGAUUUAAAAAAAAAAAAAAAAAGAAAUGGACCAGGAACGGCAUUGUGGAAAACACUGGAUGUAAUACGUUACUAAUCCCUUUAACAUGCAGCAAUCAUGCUCAAAAACUGUGAAUAAAGUUCCAUUCAGCUAAAAGUUGUUUCAGAAAUCUGUUGCAGAGAUGUAAUUGAUUUUGGGGCUGCAAAAAAACGGAUCAGCUGUGCAGAAGUGACAGCAAUCCCAGUUGAGAUGAGACCAGCGAGGGGUCGUGGUGCAGUGGGACGGGUCUGUGACGAGC